AAAGGGAAAAAAAAUAUACAAAAAAAGAAAAGAAAAGAAGAACGAAUUUUUGUUCUUUGUUUUUCAAUUUCUUAGAGUCUAAUUUCUAGUUUGUUAGUGUCAAAAAAAAAAAAAAAAAAGAUAUUGUGUUGAUCAUGUCCGAGAAGGCCGGUUAUAAAGGAGAAAGAAUUGAGCAGCGUAGGAUGUCCUCAAUGGAAAAACGCUUCCAGGAACUCCAUGAUCGGAUGGAAGGAAUUGUUACCCAACUAAAUGAGUUACGCAAAGAUCAACAUGUUCGAGGGCCAUACGUACGACGUGAUGUUCACCAACCAGUUAUACCUUAUCCCGAUAAAGAGGUAGAUUGUGAUGGAAACUUUGGUGUGAACGCUACAAAAUCAAGGAGGGAGAGUAUGGGACGAGGGUUCGGAUUUGAAUCAUCGAGCCGAGGAUAUUUUGGUCGAGAAAGAGAUGGCAUAGAUCAAAAUCGUAGCUCAAUGAAGUUGACAAUACCAUCUUUUCAAGGAAAGAGUGAUCCCGAUGCGUACAUUCAAUGGGAAAGAAAGCUUGAGCUCGUAUUCGAUUAUCAUUAUUAUUCCGAGAAGAAGAAGGUGAAGCUCGCCGUCGAAACGUUCAUUGACUAUGCAAUUACUUGGUGGGAUCAAUUUGUCUUAACUAGGCGCCGCUGUGGCGAACCACUAAUUGAAGAUUGGGAGUCCAUGAAGGCAAUCAUGAGAAGGAGGUUCGUUCCUGCCCAUUAUUAUAGGGAAUUGAAGAUGCAAAGCUUGAGGCAAGUUACUAAGUUAGAAAAACGGAUUUCGCCGAGGUGGGAAUCGCAAAGGAGUUCUCCAGCGAGCAUGGUGAGAGAAUCGUUGCAAAAGCCUAAAAGAGAGAAAUCAAAAACCGAGCAGCAAUUCAAGACUAAGAGAGGAGAGUGUCCAAGCAAGCAAUUCGUGAACUUGUGGUCCAACAUUGAGGAUGCUACAAAGGAGAAAAAGAUUAUUUACGUGUCACCACCUCAAAGGAAUGAUAGCAUUGAAAUUCCCAUGGAGGAAAAUGUUCUAGACAUCAUGGAAAGCAUUGGUGUAAAAAUUGAAGGGAUGCAAGACGAUAUUGUUGAGUUGCAGCCCGAGGAGGAUGAAAAGUGCAAAACCACCUCACCACUUGACGAAAAAGAAGGUUCGGAUUCGAGGACGAAUCCUUUUGAAGAGGUGGAGAAUGAUAUGAUCCAGCCAUGCAUCGAGGUUAAUGCCGAGCUGACCAAAGUGCAGACUCUCAGUGUGAAUGUUGAUGAGAUGGCAGUACCUAGAGAGAUGCUUCAUCCAUUCUCUAUACAGAGGUUGGACGCAUUGGGAAUUCGAGCUACAAAAUAUCCAUGUUCGUACACAUUUCAAUGGCUGCAAGAUGGUGUGUUCUGCGAUGUGGUGCAGCGAUGUGUUAGUAUGCUGCCAAAGAGGGAGAUCGAUUAUGAAAUCGAUUUUGUUUGUACUCCUUCUGAUAUUUGUCCGGAUUCGAGGACGAAUCCUUUUAAAGAGGGGGAGAAUGAUACGAUCCGCACAAGCUCCAAGACAAAGAAUUGGAAGAAGGGAAAGCGAGUGAGAUUAAUGGAGCCGUUCGUGUUGGGAUUGAAGAAUAAAGGCUUUAAUCAGACCUUUGAAGAGUCUGUGGUUUGGAAUUGGAAGAAAAGAAAGAGAAGAAGUCGUUGGACAAGUCGAAUUCCAUGCAUCCGAGAUUCUCAUCUGUCCACCACCACCACCGUCGCCCCAUCUCCCACUCUCACUUUUGUUCACCACCGCUGUUGGCGUUGA